GAUCGGCAUUGAGAGAUAACGUGAACUUUAGUUCGCAGACCGCGCUGCAGCUGUACUGCACCAUGGUGUCCUUGUUUGCGUCAAACACCUUCUCAUCUCAUUUUGUUUUUCUCGAUUUUCCUGGUUCGCAGUCCUUGCAGCAGCUGUGCUGCAUCAUGGUUUCCUUGUUUGCAUCAAAGUUGCAGUGCCAUGUUGAAUGCAUUGUGAAUGUUCAGGGCAACCCUUAUGCAUUUGCAGCUGUCACGGAGACAUGGCCGGAUGCGCCAGAGGAAGCUUCUUUGUCCAAAAGUUGCGUGGUUGGGAUGGUGUGCCUAGGGAAGGUGAUUCAAGCCAGCAAGGUUGAAAACCCAUGGGUCUGUGCCUCCUUGCCGUUGGUCCCCGAGAUUGUUGCCAUAGAGUUCAGAUCCCCAGUUCGAUGGGAAAAGGGGAAGCAAGUUGUCUGGCAUGUCAAAGAAGGAGAGAUGCAAGGGAAGCUGAAGGAAGCAACCGCCUCUGGGAUUCCUUGUGGCCAACUGCAGAAAAUGAGGGACCCGCUGCCAAGCGCCAGAAGCUCACGCAGCCGCCUUGGAAAAGCAAGAAGCGGAAGCGCCGUUCUGACGCUGGGAACACCGGCAGUCCGGCUCAAGUUUCCUUCACAGCAUCCAAGCGUCGCCGGCUGCUUCUUCGCAGCCCUUUGCAAAAGCCGAAGUUGGCAAAAGCAUCAGCAUCAGAAGCCUUGCAGGCCAGCACAAGCCCGCAGAGGGGACCUGACCGUUGCAGUCUUGCCCAACGGGUGGCAGCAGGAAGGCUUGCCGUUCCAGAAGCAACCGGGGGAAACACAAGGAGAUCAAGGCAGAGCUUUGCGCGAGAAUGCAGCUUUGGCAGCUCGCUGGCAGGCUGGCAAUGCAGAGCUAGGUUUGGCCACUUCAUGCACAGUUGAUCACUCGGUGCGAUCCGUUGUGCCAGUGCGUUUGCGGGCGCACCUGGCCGAACGAGCUGCUUCAGGUAUUACCCAUCACGCGGCCCCACGCGCAGAUGAGAGCCGUUCCUUUUGGAUUCCGCGGUCUGGAGAUGGCAGCGGCCGGGCAGAUGUGCAGCGGAUUCGCUUGCUCUACAAACGUGAUUUACACGGAGAUGAUGGGCUCGUUAUAGUUUCCUGUGACGAGGAGGAUGUCAUCUCCCCGCAGCAUGCUCCACCAAACGUAUGUAGACGCUGGCGUUCAGGUGCAUUAGAGCCCAUUGCGGGUGUUGAAGUUGACCUUGCAUUGCCGCGGGCGCUGGAUGAGCAAAAUGUUCGUCUCUUGCUUGUCUAUACUGGAGUUAGUUUGCUAGAGAUGGCCACGUGUGAAGUUUGUGGAGAUGGUUUCGCAGACGAUGCGGAAAAACACUUGUGCUCCCCGAGCCGAGACUCUUGCUCGCACGUGUGCCACGCGGAUUGCUUGCAGCAAUACCGAUUAAAGCAGGGCUGCCCUAUGCAUGACUGCCCAUUCUGUCUUCAGAAUGAAGAUUCCCAGGAAGAGGCUGAUGAUGCCGCUUUGCAAGAGAUGGAGAUUGAGGCAGCAAUGGAAGCAGAGGCUGUGGCUGAGGGGGUAAAAAGAAAGACCAGAGAAGAGGCAGCUUCGCCUGUCCGUGCGGGUGGGGGCCCAGCGGGCAAGAAGUUAGCAACCAACGCAAGCCCGCCAGCAGGACAACGCAGCCCAGUGCCGCCCACCCAAAGGUCCCCAAGCCCAGAAAGCCCUCCCUUCACACAGGGUGGAAGUGAAGCAGCCCGCUUGUCCAUUCCAAGCUUUGGGAUUGACAUCUACGACGACCUGAGUCGGACCAGCAAGGCAUCUACCACGGUGAAGGAUCCUAUGCACGACGCCAUGUCGGAGUACUUGGCUUGCAGGGAUGAAGCACAAAGCCUUUCGUUGCUUCACACCAAGAGCACAUAUCAAGGGCUUGGAAGCCCAGAGGCUUCUUAUCAAACCGUUCUGAAUGCAGCCUUGAAAGACCCCAGGGACCACCACGCUGUGGCAUCAGACUUUGCCUUCAGAACUCGAGAAGUGCUGCCCGUGCCUUUCGAAGUCAGCUUGAGAACCAUUGCCCGCAAGGAAGGCACGCGGCUUCGAUUGCAGCCUGAUGAGGAGCACCGACGUGGCUGCGUAGUCCAGAUUGUUUGCGCAGGUCUGCAUUACGGCAACAAAGAAAAGAUGUGCACUUGGCUGAACUGCGAAGAUGACAAGACAGUCACUGGAGAUGGUGCCACGGCGCUGACUCAUUACACCUUCGUUCACCAAGUGUAUGGACAGGUGUCGCUUUGUGAGUAUGUGCUCCAGCCGACUGCAAGCAUGUUUUGCAAGAGAAUCCAUGCGACGUGGCAAACAAGGCCAGUGACAAGUGACCCUGAUCAGCAGAGCCAGUCCAGCAAAGAGUUCCUGAUUGACUUCUUUGGUUGGAUGGGGCGCGUGGCAAGCAACCAGGACAAAGACCACUAUUUUGACAAGUUCGCCUUGCCCGUGCUCAGGAAGGCUUUGCAGGGAAUCUCCGACUUCUUUUCACGAGAAUCACGAGAAUGUAGAGGCCCGAGCGCGUUGGCCCUUGAUAGGAUCAUAGAUGAGUUUGCCGUUGAGAUGACCAUCUUCGAUUUGGGACAUGCCUUGCAUAUCUGGCGUCGCCAAAUGUGCUUGUGGUUUGCCUUCUAUCGCUCCAAGCAAGUCCAAGCCUUGGUAGACCCCAAAGCAGUGCCAGAUGUCAAGCCCCCAGGACUUGCAGAUUUGGAUGCCAAGAUGAAAUUGCAGCGAGUCAUUCUGUCCAAUCCUCGAUGUGUUGGUCCAACCUCCACUGCGCACAUUCGCUCUGUUCUGAAUUACCACUUUCAGAAGGAGAAAGAGGAAAAACCAGCAAAGUUCGUCUUGGCAGCAGUCAAAGACCUCUUGAAAGUUGGCAUCUUGCAAGAGGUUGACAAGAAGGAAGUGGAAGAACAGGCGCCCAAACUUAAGGACAAGAAAAGCGCCAAGAGCAAGGAGGCCACGCUAAAGAGCGAGCCACGAGGCCCGCCAGGUGGCCACGCUGUCCUGUACUACCAGACAUGUGCCUGGGAGGGCCUUUUGACUAAUUCGGAAGCUCAAGACAUGAUUGCCAAGCUUCAACUGAGUGCCGAUGCUAAGUGGCACCAUGACAAUGGCUUCUACCUUAGGGAUUCAGCAGAUGCUGAUGCCAGCAUGCGUGAUGUUG